UUUCACAUCAGGGAGUUUUCCUUGCACUCCAGGGGGACUUCUCAACCACAACCUCUGUAUCCGGUAGUGGCAGAUGGAAAGAGAAACGGUUAGAAAAGCGUGGUUCUUGCGCAGGAAAGUUGGAGUACAGAAGAGUUCAGAAGUGGGCGGGUGUGUGUUUAAAAAAAAAAAAAAGGGUGGAAACCCCACCAGCCAAGUCUGCAGAAAAAAAAUAAAUGAAGUCUGCCUAUCUCCGGGCCAGAGCCCCUCCCCUCAGCCCUCGCGGGAGGCGUGUGACCCAAGUGGCCGCUUCCUCUAGCCGCUGAGGGUCAGGAGCCCGGGAGCGCGACCCUCCCUCGGCCCGGCCCGGCGGGUCUCCGCUGCGUCUGCCCGGUCUGACGCCCAGGACCGUGGGCCAUGAGCAGCCCCAACCGCACGGCGCCGCCCCUCGACCUCGAGCCUGAUCCAGGGAUGGCCUCUACCUCCACUGCAACAGACAUUGCCAUCAUUGCAGGUGUGAUUGCCGCUGUGGCCAUCGUCCUAGUCUGCCUCCUCAUCGUCAUGCUGCACUACAUGUGCCGGCACAAGGGCACGUACCACACCAAUGAGGCCAAGGGCACAGAGUUUGCUGAGAGUGCGGACGCAGCACUGCAGGGAGACCCUGCCCUCCAGGAUGCUGGUGACAGCAGCAGAAAGGAGUACUUUAUUUGAGGGGCAACAAACUUUACUUCCCCAAAUGCCUUCAGCUCCAUCAGGAAAAAUGUACCCCACUGUCCAGCACCCCUACUGAUACCACCAGGCAGCCGGAGAGAGCAUUUGCUCCUUCCCAAGAUUCGCACCUGGGAACACUAGGUGCCUGCCCAGGAAGGAAUGGAGGAGGACUCAAGCUUCAUCAGGCCUCGCCCAGGGACCCAUGGAGGCAGUGGCCACCUCAGAGGCCACCCUUUGCUCCACCGAGGUGGGAGAAAGUCUGGGCACACAGGGCCCCUGGGCAGUGCAGGACAACAUCAUGUCACUAGCAGGAAAGUCCUUGUUGAGGAUGAAGGGGUGCUGGGUACCCAGGGGCUGGGGAAGCAAGGAAAUAAGUCAUCUGUAUGCUGACUGGGGAUAAUGGCAUCAAAUGUCAGCCCUUGACAUUUGCGGGGAACAGCAGAUGCCAGAGCUAAAAGGUACCUUUGUCUCCCAUUGAUCCAGCUCAGAACAAUUGGAAAUAAAUUUGAAACGUAACCGA